UCACAGCAUAACCACUGAGUCACACAACGACAUUCACAACUCUCUCUCAAGAUUCCUAGAAUGGCACAAUUGUCGAUGUUGUGCAUUGUUAUGGCCUGUGUCCUCCUACCACAUCUCGUCGAAAUGAAGACUGAGAAGAAAUCCUGGAAACUCCCACUACAUAUUGAUGGAGAUGGAUCAUGGGGUAUCAAGCAUAGUGGAUUGACUAUUGGAGCGAAGGAUAAGGGAGUCGUGAUAAUCAAGUCUGGUUAUUGUGUCACUGAAUUCGAUCUGUCGAAACCGACUGCAGAGGAGUUGUCAGCGAAGAAGGGAUCUCGACAGGUCACCACUGUUUGUGACUUUCCUGAUUUGAAGAAGAGUGGUAAGAAGGUUUAA